ACAACUGCCCAUACUACUCCACAUUAUAUAUAAGAGUCUUCUUCAACCUAUGUUAGUCAUAUUCAUAUUUCUCGUCUCGUUUUCUCUACAUUUAUUUAUUCUUUGAAAGUCUUCUUCUAUCUCCUGGUAAACAAUACAAAGAGUUAUACUCUGAUCAUUUAACGCCAAGAACGUGUGUUGUGUUUAAUGCCCACAAGCAGAUUUCUAUAUUGAAUAUUUUUGUAAGGACUCGCUUUAUUGUGGCCAUGGGUCUUGAAGUUGGUUCCUUUAGCCGCUUGACAUCAAGAACCAGCAGUUUCAAGAAUCCUUCUAUCGAGCGGUCUUUGAGUUUCAACAGCUGGGAGAUUCCUAAAGAGACCAAGACUGAUUCAGGUUUCGAGGUUUCGGAGACAAAGAAGUCAACUCCAAACACUUUGCAUGGAAGAAACUGUGAGAGUCUCCAGAUAAAGAAACCCACAGUGACUCCACCUGAGCCUUUUGUGUUCUUCUCCCCUAGACCGGUCACCGAGCUUGAUGCAGCUGCAACUACGCUGCAAAAAGUAUACAAGAGUUACCGGACUAGAAGGAACUUAGCUGAUUGUGCUGUCCUUGUUGAGGAGCUCUGGUGGAAGACUCUUGAUGGUGCAACUCUGGACCUGAGCUCUGUGUCUUUCUUUAAAGAAGAGAAACAUGAACCGGCUGCUUCGAAAUGGACACGAGCUAGAAAACGAGCCGCUAAGGUUGGGAAAGGCUUGUCAAAAGAUGAAAAGGCUCAGAAGUUAGCUCUUCAGCAUUGGCUUGAAGCUAUUGACCCACGCCAUCGUUAUGGCCACAACUUGCACUUCUAUUAUGAUGUCUGGUCAGCUAGCAAGAGCUCACAGCCAUUCUUUUACUGGUUGGACAUAGGAGACGGCAAAGAUGUAAAUCUUGAAAAACAUCCAAGAAGUGUUCUGCAAAAACAAUGCAUCACAUAUCUCGGACCAAUGGAGAGAGAAGCAUAUGAAGUGAUAGUGGAAGAUGGGAGGUUAUUGUACAAACAAAGCAUGAGCCCAAUCAAUUCAACUGAGGAAUCAAAGUCGAUCUUCGUACUUAGCACGACUAGAACUUUAUACGUAGGGAAGAAGAAGAAAGGUGUUUUCCAGCACUCUAGUUUCUUAUCUGGAGGAGCCACAACUGCUGCAGGAAGAUUGGUUGCUCGCGAUGGGAUUCUUGAGGCUAUAUGGCCAUAUAGUGGACACUAUCUCCCAACAGAAGAAAACUUCAAGGAGUUUAUAAGUUUCUUGGAGGAACACAACGUUGAUCUCACCAAUGUUAAGAGAUGUGCUGUGAAUGAAGAAUAUUCAUCAUCAUUCAAAUCCAUUCCAGACGAAGAAGAAGAAGCAAAAGAGAUCUCGCAAGAAGUUGAGAUGCCUUCAGAGCAAGAAGAGAGAGCGAGACCAAUGUUUGAUCAUGCGAAGAGACUGUCUUGUAAAUGGUCAAGUGGAUAUGGUCCAAGAAUUGGGUGUGUUAGAGAUUACCCAAUGGAGCUACAAACACAAGCACUGGAGCAAGUUAGUCUCUCGCCUCGUGUCUCAACAGCUAACACUUAUGGACCUAUUCCAUCUCCAAGACCGAGUCCUAAAGUGAGAGUUUCCCCACGGUUAUCAUACAUGGGGAUCCCUAGCCCGAGAGCUGUUAAAUGCUAAAACGCACACACUUCUUUAACUUGUUCUCCAAGAAAGAGUGUGUUAGAAGUGAAGAAACCUAACCUCCAUCUUUCUUUGUUCUUUUAUAUAUCUUUUGUAAAUUUCGAUUUUUUUAAUCAUUAUUAUUACAUUUUUAUUAGUGCUUGCGACUCGUGAGCUUUUGUCUCUUUUCUGCUGUUUUACUUUUUAAAUAAGAUGGGAAAUUCAAUUCA